UUGAAAAUGAUUUUCCUUAUCCCCUACUAGUAUCUCUUUCUCCUAACUUGUCCCCCGUUAUUCCCAUUCAUGACUGGCCGAAUACCCCCCUACCCUUACCUGCGUCCUCAGCCACUCCAUCUGCUGCCAGAAUCUCUUCACCAACUGCUCAUAACUCACUGCCUUCACCCAUGCAAAAUUCCACCUUCUCAAAUUGGUCUGAUGCGUCCACACCACGUACCCCUACCACACCAUCCCAUCACAGUAGCUCACCAAAUCACCCUUCUCCAUCUCACCAUCAUAACCAAGUUACGGCAGACUCCCAGCACAUGGCUACGGCUGAAACUACAACACCACCAACCUCUAGAACCGACCUGGCAGUCCCUUCUCCACCUAUACCGGUAAAUGUCCAUCCCAUGCGUACUCGGGCCAAAGAUGACAUUUUUAAGCCUAAGACCAUUUUUACACAGGCAAAUAAAUCUAUUGUGUGGCGGGCAGUUAUGGCUGAUGAAUUUAAUGCAUUAAUCAAUAAUAAGACUUGGGAUUUAGUACCUUGGGAUGGCACUAAAAAUGUGGUUGGAUGUAAGUGGAUUUUUAAGACUAAAUACCGAUCUGAUGGGUCUGUUGAGCGUCAUAAGGCUCGUCUUGUUGUUCAAGGGUUUAAACAACAAGCCUACAUUGAUUUUACUGAAACUUUCAGUCCUGUUGUUAAACCCACGAAUGUUCGUCUUGUUCUUUCUGUUGCGGUUUCUUUGGGUUUGUCUUUCCGUCAAUUAGAUGUCAAAAAUGCUUUCUUACACGGUCAUCUUACGGAGGAGGUAUAUAUGUGUCAGCCGCAAGGCUUUAUUCACCCUUCUUUUCCCAAUCAUGUGUGUCGCCUUCGCAAGGCAUUGUAUGGCCUUAAUCAGGCUCCUCGAACAUGGUUUCAUCGUUUCAGUGGUUUCUUGUUGAGUCGUGGGUUCUGUCAAAGUAAGUCAGACUCUUCUAUGUUUAUUUACUGAUCUCAUUCUCAGAUAGUUUAUAUCCUUCUUUAUGUGGAUGAUAUCUUGAUUACUGGGUCUUCCGUCUCCUUUGUGCGCUCAGUCAUUAAUAAUUUAUCUCAUCAGUUUGCGAUGAAGGAUUUAGGGGAUAAUCAUUAUUUUAUGGGUAUUCAGGCUUGUCGUACCCCUCAGGGGUUGUUUCUAUCUCGGGAAAAAUACAUCACUGAUUUAUUACGCCGUUUUCAUCUACACACUGUCAAGCCUGUGCGUACACCCUUGCCUUCUCGUACUACACUUUCUCUUACAGAUGGGGAGCUUUUAUCUGAUGCUACUGAGUAUCGCAGCAUGAUAUCUACAGGGCACUACCACACAUGGAUUAUGGAUGCGGUCAGAUAAGAAUAUCUCGGUUAUUGUGGCCUAUUCAGAUGCUGAUUGGGCUGGUUGUCCAGAUAGUUCUUGAUCCACCACUGGUUAUGCAGUUUUUCUGGGUACAAAUCUUAUUUCAUGGCGAUUUAAGCAGGGGUGGAGACAGGGAGGGGCUGGAGGUGGCCACGGCCCCUGCAAGAAAAAAAAUUCUUAAGUAUAUAUUAUAUAUAAAUACUUUUAAUCUGUAGAAAGUAUGUUGAUAUUUUAAACUUUGGCCCCUGCAAUAUAAAAUUCUAAGAACCGACCCCUUUAACCAUAAACUUUGGAUCAUCCAAGAAACAACCAGCAGUCUCCUGAUCUUACACUGAAGCAGAAUACAGAGCUAUUGCCUACACCGUUCAGGAUACAUUAUUCGUUCGGUCUCUUCUCAUGGAUAUGGGGAUUCUAAUUUCAGCUCCUGUUCAGCUACAUUGUGACAAUGUCUCAGCUUCUUACCUGACGGUUAAUCCUAUUCAGCACGACCGCAGCAAACACAUCAAGAUUGACUAUCAUUUCGUUCGUGAACGAGUGGCUCAUGGAGAUCUUACUGUUAAAUACAUUCCCACACAGUUCCAGCUCGCUGAUAUCUUUACUAAAAAUUUAUCUUGUCAGCGUUUUGAAUUUUUACGUUCCAAACUGCGCGUUGUUUCUUCUGCACAGAUUGAGGGGGUGUAAUGAUGUAUUAGU